AUGCUGGCCUCGGUCAAAAUGGAAUCGCACGACCUUUCUGAAUGGAAUUCGUACUAUAAUGAACCCACAGAGGUAUUUCCAACAGUGAGCACCAUGGCAUCCAGCUUGGGACCUAUGAACCCGAUUAACUCCUACGUGACGCUGAACCCUCUCAGCUCCCCCGGAUCGAUGAAUAUGACUUACCCAAACAGUGGCCUGAAUAGCCCUUCUCUCACGGGGCUGACCAACGCCAGCAGUCCGAUGGGCCUCCCGUCUGUGUCGUCUCCCGUCAGUCCGGUAUUGACUUCCCUGGGGGCUCAGGCCCCCACACUCAACUCUCUGUCCCCCUACCAGAAUGUCGGCCAGUCGAUGGCGCCGCUCAGCUACUCCCCUUCCGGCAUCAACAGGCCCAAGGAGAUCGGCAAGUCCUACCGGCGCACGCUGACCCACGCCAAGCCGCCCUACUCUUACAUCUCCCUCAUCACCAUGGCGAUCCAGCAGGCCCCGAGUAAAAUGCUGACCCUCAACGAGAUUUACCAGUGGAUCAUGGACCUCUUCCCUUACUACCGCGAAAACCAGCAGCGCUGGCAGAACUCCAUCCGCCACUCGCUCUCCUUCAACGACUGCUUCGUCAAGGUGGCCCGCUCCCCCGACAAGCCCGGCAAGGGAUCCUACUGGGCCCUCCACCCGAACUCGGGGAACAUGUUUGAGAACGGCUGCUACCUGAGGCGCCAGAAGCGUUUCAAGAUUGAGGACAAGACCAAGAAAUCCGGCUCCAAGGCUUCCAGCACCCAAGAGCAACCACCCAAGAUUUCUGAAGGUCUUCAGGAAGGGCAGAGCCCCAACACAAAUUCGGAAGGGGCCGAAUCGGGUCACUCGGACACCUCCCACGGGUCCGAGGAGCAGAGGGGGUUGGUCCAGCUGGAUUGCUCAGGUGCACGGGGUUCGCCCCCCAUGUCUGAGACUCCCCCAGCCCCCAUCUCCCAGUCCAUGAAUAGCCACUACUUUUCCACAUCCAUCACCAACCUGGACCUUCCGGGUGACCUCAAAAUGGACCCUCAGUUCAACUUCAACCACCCCUUUUCCAUCAACAACCUGAUGUCGACAGAGCAGAGCCACAAGAUCGACCUGAAAUCCUAUGAGCAGACGAUGGCUUUCAAUGGUUACAACUCUCCACACGCAGUGGAAGGCAAACACACCUACGAGACAUCCACCUCGCUCAGUGAGACUGGCUCGUACUACCAGAGCCUGUACAGCCGCUCCCUGCUCAAUGCCUCGUAA